GAUCACUGAACACGGUCUACGGUAGUUGCUGUUAUAAUGCCCAAAAGGAAGGAACCUGGAACGGCAACGAGGGCUGCAAAGCGGAGGGCACAGCAGGAGGCUGAGCUGGAGGUUCAGGAGGCCGAGCCAGAGGUUCAGGACACAGUCCCUGAUCAGAAUGAGGAGGCACCAGAUGAUUCAUCAGGUGAUGAGGCUGACCUAAUUACCCCAGUAGUCAGCGUGUACUCUAAGCUUGGGGAAAAUGUCUCCGAGGGUACCAGAACAAAAAUAAUUGAAGGAAAAUAUGUGAACCUGGGGACUUUAUUGAAAAGGGGACCCCAAGAUGGGGAUGAGCAAAAGGUUAUUAUAAAAAAUGGUCAGUUGAUAACAAAAUCCAUCUCCUCUGAAAAAAUCAUCUCCAUUGAAAUGUGGACAGAUGCAUUUAUUGUAUUUAUUGCCAUCUACGGAACAGUCCAUCCAGCUAAAAUACCUGGGUUGUUAAAGUAUAUGGACAGCGUUCGAGUGGGGGCUAGGAGAUGUAAUGGUCUGGGGUGGAAAAGUUAUGACGAGCAAUAUCGUCUAAGAAAAAGUUCUAAUCCUGAAUCUGAUUGGGCAAAGAUAGAUGAUGAACUCUGGCUGCUUUACAUGAAUGAUAGGUUUCCAGUUCCCCAAUCUCGUUAUCAACCGCGUUUCAAUACCAGGACUAGUGGGAAAUGCUUUGAUUUCAAUAAUAAGUGGUCCUGCUUCCGUUACCCAUGUCAUUACUUACAUACUUGUUUGAAUUGUUCAGGAGACCAUCCUUCAGUCAUGUGCACACAACGGCAACCAUUUCUUAACCCAGCUUCCCCNACUCCCACCCGCUCUCCAUACCCAGGUAUCAAUCCAAGAAUGCCCUUCAAAGGUACAAGGGGGAGGGGACGUGGACAGGGAUAUAUGGGCCCUGGCAGCCACACCCAUCAAAAGUGA